AUGAUUUUUUUUCCAAUUAUUAUAUGUUUUUUUGAAUAUGUCAAAAAGGAAUUACACUUUAUAAACGAAGGCAUAUACUUUGAAAGAAAUAUAAUAAAUUUUAGAAAUAAUAGGACAUUAGCAGAUGCAGAUAAUCAAUGCGAUUUAAAUAAAUUUUAUGAAUCAGCUUUGAGUCUUGCAGAUAAACUUAAUAAUUAUAAUGAUGGCGACGGAGAAAUAACAAAUAUUCAAAAUUCUAUAGAUUCACAAAUAAAAAAUCAUAAAGAAAAUAAUACAUUACCCAAUUUAAAUAAUGCAGAUAAAAAAACGAAAAAAUUAAUUUAUGAACUACAAAUAGAAUUCGAAGAAGUAAAAAAAGAUCUUGAUAAUAAAAGAAAUAACGAAUUAGCAACACAACUGAUACAAAAUAAAAAAAUAAUCAAAAAAGAUAAAAAUAUUUCUGUAUCAAAAAAUGACCAUUUUAAACAAUUGAAAAAUUAUGAAAAUGUUUUGCUGAGCGACGAUGAUAGUUUUGAAGAUUAUAAUAUGAAAGAUUAUAUUUUGGAAGAUUAUAAUUUGGAAGAUUAUUAUUUGGAAGAUUAUAAUUUGGAAGACGAAAAAUCUAAAAGUUACCCACGUUCACGUCCUGAUAAAUACUUAAUUAAACGAAAGUUAAAAUCAUUAACAAAAAAAUUACUUUUGAUACUUUGGUCAUUUAUAGCUACUACUAUUGCGAUAUACACAACAGGAUUUUGUAUAUUUGGAGUACGGUAUAUAGUGUCUCUGCAUUACUUGAUUAAAUACGCGAAGAAAAUCCAUAAAUAUAGCUCUGAAUUAAGAAAACCAUAUAGAAGAUAA